AAAGUCGAAACAUCGGGGAGGCCAUAUUGGAUUUACGAGUGUGACAAAUAUUGCAGUGCUGUAAAAUUGUUAAAGAUGGAUACGAUAAUUGUUUAAAUGAUCAAAAUAUAAUUAAUGUGCAAGAUCUGCUUUCAUAAUGUAUGGAGUUUAGAUGAAGGAGGGGUUACAGACGGUAUAUAACUGUAAACUUAUGUGACUCAGAUACCAGAAAUGUUGCAUCCCCCAUGCAGUGCCCAGGACGUCCUACUGUGUGACCUCUGUGAAACUAUCCCCCUACAGAGUCACUGUGAACUUUGUAAUGUAAGCUUAUGUAAGGCCUGUGUUGGGGAACACCUUUCUGAUUCAUCUAAAAAACACAAUGUCGUGUCCUUUUUACACAGAAAGUCUACUCCUAGCUACCCAAAGUGUCCGAAACACCCGCAUAAACAUAGCGAACUUUACUGUGAGAAAUGUGACAUUCCUGUCUGUUCUACCUGUGUCUCAAAAAAACAUAAAGGCCACAAUUUAUGUGAUUUUCUGGAAAAACUAGGCUCUAAAACGGAAAGUUUACAGAAAGAUUUAGAGGAACUAGAGACCAGAAUAUAUCCUAAAUAUGAAGAAAUGGCGUCCGAAAUCCAAAUAAAAAAAUCCAAGUUACAAACGAAUUACGGGAAACUGACAACAGCUGCCGAUCAACAAGGAGAAGUCUUACACCGGGAGAUUACCGCCAUUGUCAACCAACGAAAAUCUGACAUCCAGGAGAUGAAAAAUAAACAUGUGGCUGCUUUAGAUAAAAACAGAGAUGAAAUUACACAGAGAAUUACAGAAUUUAGAAAGAUCAUUGAGGACCUGAAGAAAAUACUGAACACCAAGGACGGCUCUCUAACGUCUACUUACAAAUCUAGGAAUGGCGAGUUCCGACAAUUACCUCCUAAAGUCCGAGUUAUAUUACCAAGUUUCUCUCCUUCCAAAAUAGAUGAAGAUCAUCUCAGUAAAAUGGUUGGUUCUAUGUCAUCAUUAACUAUUACAACAGAAAAACAAGGCUACAUAAUAAAGUCAACAGAAGCUGUAUCGUCUCCUCCAGUCAAACCACUGCUUGAUGAACCGCGAGUCACCGCCACCAUAGACAGUGGUUAUAACACACUAUACAGUGUUAACUGUCUCAGCGAAGAACAAGUCUGGACAUGUGGGAAUAACAAAAGCAUGAAUCUCCUCAACCUCCAGAGUAAACUACUGACAUCAAUACAAACCAAGUCGGGGAACUGGCCACAGGACAUAGCAGUGACACGGGAUGGAAAUCUUGUUUAUAUUGACUAUAAAAAUAAAACUGUUAACUUAGUGAAGAAGAAAAAGAUACGGACCGUGAUCACACUACAGGGUUGGGAACCUCUCAAUGUCUGCAAUACUUCCUCUGAUGAUCUCCUGGUUACCAUGAUCAGUGAAGAUAGAGAGCAAUCGAAAGUUGUGCGUUAUUCAGGAUUCACGGAGACACAAACCAUUCAGUUUGAUGAUCAGGAUCGUCCUCUCUAUUUAUCUGGUAACCUUAAAUAUAUCAGUGAGAACAGGAACCUAGAUAUCUGUGUUGCAGACUGGGCAGCUAGUGCAGUAGUGGUGGUCAAUCAGUUAGGAAAACUCCGAUUUAGAUACACUGGUCAUCCCUCUAAUACCAAGAAAUCAUUUAAUCCAAUUGGCAUCACUACAGACAGCCAGAGUCACAUCCUGACAGCAGACAAUUACAAUGACCGUAUCCACAUCCUAGAUCAGGACGGACAGUUCCUCCGAUACAUUUACAGCUGUCGUUUAUACCGUCCAUGUGGUUUAUGUGUUGACAUCAGAGACAACCUCUUUGUGGCUGAGUGGGACACUGCUAAAGUAAAGAAAAUCCAAUACAUAUAAACACAGUGUUACAUCUAAUAAUAGUUUUAAUUAGAUAUCUACACUGUUCUGUUUUCAUCACGGUAAUAAACACCAUGUUAAUUACAGUCCAGUGUUUGCAAUAUGCUAUUAACGUGUGUAUUGACAGUAAAUGUGUGUUUGGUUAUGUGUCCGAUUGAACAGUAUUUUGGGUAUUUUAUGUAUAAUGUUUCAAUAUAUCGAUAGAUAAACAUGAUUUAGAG